AUGACAGAACCGACCAGCAUCUUGGAAUUUGCCGAUGAGAUAACCCUCGCCAAGAGGUGCACUUGUUGUAUUAAACACAAAAAGAAAUGCCACCGGUGUUUUCGUUGCGUUGGAAAAAGAAAUGCAAUAUGCACGCAUAUUGCGCCAGGAAUUUUUAGAUGCGUUAGAUGCAAGAAAAGUGAAAAAGACUGUUUAUUCCAGUGUAAAAAGUGCUAUAAGAAGAAUAAAUUUUCCGACAACGGUCCAUUUCCCAGCUGUACUGAAUGCAGAAUUGUUACAAGAGAUCCACCCAUUGAAUAUGUUAUCUUUGAAGAAGGUGGUAAAAUAUAUUUUCAGCCUAUUGACGGUAGUAAUAACAAAUUUGAAAUAAAUGAUGAAAUUUUUGGGAAACUCUGUGAGUUAAAAAGAAAAAAUGGGUAUAAUCUUGGCAGACAUGUAGGGCACUUUCUCGAAUCUUCAUCUUCAACCGCCGAAGAAAUUCCUAUUUACUCUGAGAAUGCGGCUGAUUUCCACGAAUUACACGAACUCCCUAACCCGAAUAUCGUUGACCCCUCGAAUGCACUCCCUAUGCGCGAAUCUCACGAAUUUCUCGACACAUCCGCUAUGGAUGAAAUCCAAGAAUUCUUUGAUUAUCCAAACACGACCUUCGAAUAUGGAUCCAUCGACCAGACUUCUGACUCGUUUUAA